AUGUAACAAUACAAUCAAUAUUCUAACUCUAAACCAAGAACAAUCUCUAAGUAAAUUAAUUCUAAAAGUGAAUCAGUUUCUAGAUUAUCUGAGAUUUCUGAUGAUAGUGAAAGACAAAUAAUGGAAUGUGUUAGGAAUAAAUAGAGUACUCGAAACAAUAUCAGAUUACCAAGAUUGAUAAUCUAAGAAUAAUAAUUAACACAUAGUGCCAAAAUAACCAGUGAAUCAAUAACAUUUAAAUAUCCUUUUAAAUCAUCAAAUAUUGAAGCUUAUACUUUAGGCCAAGACAAUUUUCUUAAAAUAUUAAAAACAGAGAGAAUCAAAAAGCAAUUUAUUAAUAAUCUUUUUACAAAUUCAUAUAUAAUUUAGAAUAAAAAAAAAUAACUUUUGUAGGAUAAAUACAUAAAUGACGGAAAAAAAUAACAAAAUUUGGGUAAAUUGAUUUAUUAAUAUGAUUAGAAACCUUUUCUUAAUCAAGAAUACCGAUCAUUUUGCCAACAAGUUUAUUUGUUGUCAUUUGGGAUGCGAUAGGGAUAAUACUUAAUUUUAUAAUUUUAUGGUUAACUCCUUUUUUAUUUUCAUUUGGCAAUUUAGAAAAUUGUUUCUCUUUCUCAGCAAUUUAGCAAUUAAUCACUCUACUUUUAAUUUUUGAUAUUUUUAUUUCUUUUAACAAAGGUAUUAUAGUUUAGGGGAUCGUAAUUAAAAAGCGAAAAAAACUAAUUCAAUAAUAUUUCUAAACUAAUGCAAUUAAUGAUUUAGCAAAUUUAGGUUUAUGGAUUUUAAUCUAAUAAAAAUUAAUGUCUGUUGAAAUAAUUGGAGAAUGUAUAGCUAUCUGUCAAUUGAUAGUUACAUUUAAUAAAAUUUAAAAAUACUUUUCUGACUAUUUUUAAUAUGUUUUUUUUAAAGGAGCAUCUAGCUAUGUAAUGGAUCUUUUAAGUUUAAUUUGUUCAAUUUAUUUUUUUGCUCAUACAGUAGCAUGUUUUUGGCAUUUUGUUGGAUUAAAAUCAGGAGAGAACUCUUGGUUAAUAAAAUAUAAUUUGGAACAUGAAUCUAUAUGGAUGAAGUAUAAUUAUGCAUUUUAUUGGGCUACAAUGACUAUGACAACAGUUGGUUAUGGAGAUUUAAUUGCAUAAAGUCAAUUAGAAAUUAUUUUUGUUGAUAUUGUAAUGUUUUUGUCUAGCGGAAUAUUUGCAUAUUCAAUGAACUCUAUUGGGAUGAUCCUAAAAAAUAUUUAUGAUGCAAAAUUGAAAUACAAAAGAUCUUUAUUAUAAAUGAACAAUUAUAUGAGUAAGAAUUGCGUUGAGCCAUAAAUACAAAGUAGAAUUAGAAAUUAUUUAAAAUAUUACAUAGAAUCAGAAUAAAAUGAAAACUUAGAAGAUAUUAAUAGACUUAUCGGAAUAUUGCCAUAAAAUUUAUAAUCAGAUCUUAAUACCGAUAUUUAGAGAAAAGUUAUUAAUAAAGCAAAACUAGUUAUAAAUCAUUUUUCAUCAAAUACUUAAUAAUUAUUAUCUAAAAGUUUAGAUUUAGUAAAAUACGCUCCUGGAGAUAUAAUUUACAAAAAAGGAGAUAUUUCAGAUAAAAACCUUUAUUUUAUUAUUGAAGGAGAAGUGGAUAUUUAAGAUGAUUAAAGUAAAAGGAAAUUCUCAACACUUAUUUAGCAUCAAUAAUUUGGAAUUUUUUAAUUUUUCACAGAUUUUCCUCCUAAAACAUCUGCAGUUAGCAUUGGUUUUUCUAAUAUUUAUAGAAUAAGUAGAAAUAAGUUUUUAGAAAUUUUAUAAUUCAAUAAAAGAGAUUUUGAAAUGUUUCAUUAUAUUAAGGAUUAAAUAAUUUUUAAUUCUAAUUACAGAUUAUUUUAUAUGUAAUGUAAAUAUUGUGAUAGAUAAAAUCAUUAAGAAGUUGAUUGUCCUGUUUUAACAUAUAAACCAGAUAUUGAAUAAAGGAUAAAAAAAAGCAAUUUUUACCCUUAAAAUUAGAAAAGAUAAAAAAUUCUAAGAAAUGGUAGAAAAAUAAAAAGCAUUUCAACAUAAUCAGAUAUAUCAAGAUCUGUAAGGUGUUUUUUAGAAGAAACAGGAGGAGGAGAAGUAUCUAAUUCUUUACAAGUUGCUAUAAUAGCUAAUAGAUCUAAAACUAACAAUUUUUCUGAAAUUCAAAACAAUGAAUAAAAAAGAUCUUGUUGUUUGGCUGGUGAUGAAUAAGAUUAAGAAUUAAAACCCUAAUAUGUAGAAUGCUCUAUGAAUAAAAUUGCAAUUAAAACAGAUCCUUUAUCUUAAUUAGAACAUUAAACAUCAGUCAAGAGAUAAACUUAUAAGGAAUAGACAAAUAUUUUAAAAGAUUUUAAUAUGAUUGAUGAUUUAUAUAUAAAUGCAAGAUGGUUUCCGUCAGUUAUUUAAUCUGAUUAGUAGUAGUCAUAUGAAAAGUAUUUUCCAUAACAUAAUUUUGAAAAUAUUAUUAAAUCUGUUGAAAAAUACAAUUUAAAGUAUCAAAGAAAACUUGAAAAGCAUAUUUAGAAUAUAAAUAAAUAUACAUUUUUUUAUAGAGUCAAGAUAAAAGCACUUAAAUUACGUCAUUUGUAUUAGAAAACAUUGAAUAUGGAAUGA